AUGCUGCUUGAGUACUUCAAGAGCAAAUAUGAAACGAAAAUCGACCAGGAAGGUCUAGUUUCGAUGGAAGAAAUUAUCAGCCUGCUCGGUAAAAUAUACAACCAGGAAGGUGUCGCCGAACCAGAAGACAUUGUCAUGUUGAUAAAUCACUACGAGGGACUUACCAAGUGGGCGAUCCGACGGGCGUCUGAAGACGACACCUGGGCCCUAAUUAACGAACUGGAUUUCAAUCUGCGUAAAGUUCUACGACCGUAUCAAGCGGUUAGCAAAAGCACCUCACAGUUAAAGCCAGAUCCCGAAAGUAUCCCAAACAAGACUCUUGCGACACUCAAACAGCAAUUUGAUCAGUUCAGCUACAAGAAAAGUUUAAAACUCCUAAGAUCGAUAAUCGGAGCUCACCAUAAAAUCGAGAAGCAGAACGGCGUUGCCAGGACGAAAGACAUCCUCAACUUAAUCUUGUACCACCAUUGGCAUAUCCGCUCGACCUGGAAACGUGCAAGACCUAACCGAGAGUACUCACCGGAGCGCACGCAUUACAUUAUGUACGUUGAUAGUGCGCGUGGCAUGUUGGCUCGAAGUCUGCGCACGAUCCUACGUCCAUCAACAGGCCUCCCCGACACCGCGCCACGCGAGAUUCUUGCGGACCUCAAGGGGAUGUAA